AUGCUAACCGAAGCUGGAACAGAAAUCGUCACCCGAAAUUUCACCUGGCGCCAAGUGCCCGCUGCUUCGCCCGGCCCCCUGCAGCCAGUGCCUCUCGCAGAUGAUGAGGAGGGCGGGGAGGGCGAGAGCAAUGAGGGCGCGUCACGUCAAGGUGGAGGGCGGGAGGAAGACUCGAGGAGUGAGUCCGACCUCGACGUAGACGACGCUCGUGGGCUGGGGCAAGCGACUCCGCUCGUGCGCAUGGGGGCGCCUACGGCACCCGGAAAUGGGAUGCAGUUGGACGAAGGCGGAGGUCGCCCGUCGCCCUCUUCGGGAGGGGAUGACUUCGGCGAUGGGGAUGACCCCGCCGACAACAGCAGCAACAGCGACGACAGUAGUGGCCCCAGCGACGUCUCCAACAACCACGACGGAGGCGGCAGCGAGCCACUCAGCGGCGACUCUGGUGAUGAGAGCAGCGGCGGUAGCGAGCCCGUCAGCAGCACAUCUAGCCACGACGGCAGCAACGACGACGGUGACGGCAGCGAGGCCGUCGACCCCGGCAUCAACGACGAUGGCGGCGGCGAGACAGGCGACCCCGGAACGGAAGAGAAGAAACUUCGUUGGGGAGCGUCGAGUGCCGGCCAGCUGCACCAUGUGCUCCAGCCCGGCCGCAGCCGGAAGCAGACCCGGGAGUUGCGGAGCUCCGAGAAAGAGCCGAGCGAGGCACCCGCCCCCGAGGAGGCGCUGUUAUCAACCGUUCUGGAGACCANCGACGGCAGCAACGACGACGGUGACGGCAGCGAGGCCGUCGACCCCGGCAUCAACGACGAUGGCGGCGGCGAGACAGGCGACCCCGGAACGGAAGAGAAGAAACUUCGUUGGGGAGCGUCGAGUGCCGGCCAGCUGCACCAUGUGCUCCAGCCCGGCCGCAGCCGGAAGCAGACCCGGGAGUUGCGGAGCUCCGAGAAAGAGCCGAGCGAGGCACCCGCCCCCGAGGAGGCGCUGUUAUCAACCGUUCUGGAGACCAAGAACGUGAGGAAGGCACUCGGGUGCCUGAUGUGGGUGGUGCAUACGAGGCCGGACAUCGCUCUGCCGUUGAACAAGAUCCAGAAGGUGGCUCGCUCUCCCACCGACAGGAUAUGGCAGGCGCUUCUGAGGGUCAUGUCUUACCUCAACGCCACGAAGGACCUGAGCCUCACCUAUGUGCGGGGGUCAGGGCUAGAUCUAGGAGUGGAGGGAGUGAAGGAGGCGUUGCAUGUGCGUGCGGUUUUGUCUUUCGUAGCGCCUGAGACGAGUGGAGCGAAGAUCAAGGUCCUUGAAGACAACAAGGGAGCUCUUGCCCUGGUGCAGAACCCCUUCAGCUCGGCGAGGAGCAAGCACAUCGACGUGCGGUACCACUUUAUCCGCGAGCUCUUCAAGUCUGGGAAGAUCACCGCAGAGUAUGUCCCGAUGGAAGAGCAGCACGCCGACAUGCUGAACAAGGUCCUUGGUAGGAUCAAACUGGAGUACCACCGGAAGGCCCUGAUGAACCUACCGGAGUAG